ACACGUAGAUGCUCGAUCGUCUCUCUCUUCAUGGCGUACUUCCCGUUGUUAGCUCUCAUGGCACUAUCCUCCUUGCUUCGAUCGACCACCCCUGCACCUGCCGGACUUCAACUCGGUCUCACCCACGUGGACGCCGGCAGCCCUUUCACGUUCACGGAGCGCGUCCGGCGUGCCGCGCAAAGAAGCAGGCACCGGAGGGAGGUCCUCGAAGCCAGGCUGGCCAACUCCUCCGGCGACAUCCAAGUCCCGAUCACGUCGUCCAAGUUCGAGUACAAGCUGGAAUUCGCCAUCGGCACACCGGAGCUCAACGUUACCGCCAUACUCGACACCGGCAGCGAACUGGUAUGGACGCAGUGCCGACCCUGCGACCCAUGCGUGCAGCAGAGCACCCCCGUUUAUGACCCCUCCGAUUCAUCCUCCUUCUCCCGGCUUCCUUGCACCAGUCCCUUGUACGAUUACCAAGUCUUCAAGCGCUUCGAUCCACCAACGUGCCACUAUGCCUACGGCUAUGGCUCGGGGGCCACUCAGGGCGUUCUGGCCAUGGAGACGUUCACAUUUGGCACGAAAUCUGUGUCCAACGUUACCUUCGGCUGCAGCAGGCAAAGCAAAGGCAACUUCGCAGGAACGUCCGGCAUCGUUGGGUUUGGCCGAGGAAAUCUAUCGCUGAUAUCGCAACUCGGUUUCCGCAAAUUCUCUUACUGCCUCACUUCAUUCAACAGUUCAAGCAGCAGCCAUCUUCGGCUUGGGUCUCUUGCGACCCUGAAUGGUACCGCAAGUAAAGUUCGAUCCACGCCUUUCCUGGAUGACACCAAUCUAUACCGCGUCUCUUUACGAGGGAUAUCGCUGGGUGAGGCCCUCUUGCCAAUUCCGAACGCCACCUUUGAGUACAGAAGAGACGAGCUUAGUGGUACGGUGAUAGACUCCGGCACGGGCCAGACGCAGUUGCCCAAGCCCGUGUACGAGAUCGUCAAGCAAAACAUCAAGUCUCUCGUUGGCCUACCCGUGGUUGACCUGUCGUCGACCAUCGGGCUUGACCUCUGCUUCUCAGUCUCGUCAUGGCCGCCGCCGCCGGUGCCGGACAUGACGUUCCACUUUGACAAUGCCGAUAUGACGAUACCGCCGGCGAACUACAUGUACCCCGACCAAAACGCCGGCGCGUUCUGCUUAGUGAUGCAGAGGUCCGAAAGCAACUUGACGAUCGUCGGCAACUACCAGCAGCAGAACAUGCAUGUAGUCUACGAUGUUGCAGGAAGAACGCUGUCCUUCAUGCCAGCCCGAUGUGAAGACUUGUAAAUCAUGGCUUUUCAAGUAUGCCUCAUCGUGAAAGAAAUUUGAAAUAGUGAAGAUUUCGUUC